UGGUGCGCGGGUUGAAAAUGGCGUUAGCCGUUGGUGAGAGCUCAGGCUUGUCGGCUGAGGUGAAGGCGGUGGCCGCGGGGUGGAUGCUGGAGUUCUCCUGCAGCUGCCUGUGCCGGCACUUCGGGGACGGGUGCCCCGCAGAGUUCCAGCGGUGGAGCGACGUAGCGCAAGCUCUUAUUAAUGGCCUCUCAAAAAUACCUACACAUCAGGAAAAAAACGUGUAUCUCUGUCAGCUUUUGAUAAGGAUUGCAAAAGGAAAAAAACUUGAAUGCUAUUUUGAAAAUCAAAAAAGAAUUUCACCUUUGGAAUCUGCUCUGUCUUUCUGGACUUUACUUGAAAGAGAAGAAGUUGAACUGGAAAAGCUUCAUAAAGAUAUUCGUCAGUUGAUUCAAAUUCAGAUUGUAGCAGUCUAUAUGGAAAAUGGAUAUUUCAGAGAGGCUGCUGAAGCUCUUGAAAGGCUGUUUACAGGCUCAGAAUCAGAUAAGCCUUUAAGGAUGAAGCUGGCAACUGUAAUUAAAAGCAAGGAUCCGCAUGUUCCUCUUCUCCAAACCUUCAGUUACAAUGUUUUGAUAAGUAAAAUCAAGUCUUACAUUGAACUUUUCAUGAAAGAAAAUGAAACUAACUUCUUAUUACAGGCAGCCAUGAAAGAGGUAGAGUCUCAAGGACCGGGAGCAAUAGCAUUGCAAAGCAAAACUGUGAAUGCUGAUAAAAAUGACAAAAAGAAUUUGGAAACAAGACAAGGGUUAACAAAAGAGCAACACAGUACUACAGAUCAGUCCCCCAGAGAUGUCAGAAACCCAGCAGUAAGGCCUUGUUCAGGAGGGAAACUUGGAGAGAGAACUGUUCUUCAGACGAUGGACUUACAAAGAAGACUUACAACUGAAAUUAGGAAUAAAAGAGUUUGGAGUGGGUAACUGGGCUAAAAUUUUGGUCCAUGGUAACUUCAACAACCGAACUAGUGUCAUGUUAAAAGACCGAUGGAGAACACUGUGCAAGAUCCAACAAGGCUAAUUUGGACUAGAGGAGUCAACUCUUCCUAACCUUUCCCUACAUAAGGACCUAGUCUGUCUUUUCAGAAUACUUAUUUUAGUCUCAGAGUGUCCAGCAGUGUUGCUGUCUUAAAAUAUGGAACAGAAAAGCAAUAGAUAUUAAAAGUUCAUGUAAGCUUGUUUGCUUGUGUAGUGAUGACUUUAAUGUGUGUAGGUAAAAGGACAUGCUUUACAAUAGAUGACCUGAUUUCUGAAA